AUGCUGUGGGUGGAUAAAUACCGUCCAAUGUCUCUCUCGUCACUAGAUUAUCAUCCUGAAGUGACCAAACGUCUCUCGAAUCUAUCACAAUCAUCUGAUUUGCCUCAUUUGCUUGUCUAUGGACCAUCCGGUGCUGGUAAAAAGACACGUAUCAUGGCCCUCCUCCGUGCUCUUUAUGGCGAUGGUGCUCUUAAAGUGCGAUUAGAGCACAAAUCCUUCAAACUACCAAAUCGUAGUAUUAAAGUUGAUAUUACGACAGUUGCAAGUAAUUUUCACAUUGAAUUAAAUCCAUCCGAUGCGGGGACUCAUGAUCGUCUUGUAGUACAAGAAAUGCUCAAGGAAAUUGCUCAAUAUCAUUUGGCCGAUAGUAAUGCUCAACGACCUUUUAAAGUUGUUUUACUUAUGGAAGUGGAUCGAUUGAGUAAAAAUGCUCAACAUGCAUUACGUCGUACAAUGGAAAAGUAUACAGCUACUUGUCGUCUUGUAUUAUGCUGUAAUAAUCCAUCCAAAGUAAUUGAUCCAUUACGUAGUCGCUGUCUUGGAGUACGAGUCGGAGCUCCUACAACUGACGACGUGUGCAACAUCUUGCAAGGAGUUUGUAUGAAGGAAGGAAUCGAUUAUUGUCCUACAUUGGGUCAACAUAUUGCUAUCAAGAGUGAACGGAAUCUAAGACGUGCACUACUUAUGCUUGAAACUUGUCGUGUCCAAAAUUACCCAUUCUCACCCGAUCAACAGAUUCAAUUACCCGCGUGGGAAGAAUACAUUUGCAGUCUGGCUAAGGUGGUGUUGCAAGAGCAGUCGCCCGCUGGCCUCUUGAAGGCGCGUGAGAUGAUCUACGAGCUCAUUUCCAAUUGUGUGCCGUCUGAGGUGAUCCUCAAGGUUUUGUGUCGCGAACUCAUGAGCCGCCUGGACGACGACCUCAAGCACGAGCUGGUGCAAUGGGCCUCAUUCUACGAGCACCGUAUGCAGCGCGGUUCCAAGGACAUUUUCCACUUCGAGGCCUUCCUGGCCAAGUUCAUGGCGCUUUACAAGAAGUUUCUGCUGGACUUGUACAUGUAG